UUUGUUGACCCAAGGCAUCCCUUCAUAACCACAUUACUGCCUACUGGAGACUUCUGCAGAACAGAAGGGAGCAGUCAGGAAGCAAAGAUGAUCUCCUUCAAGCAACUGCCCCUUGAAGCAAAGGCUGCAGUGGCUGCAGGAGUGGUUUUCUUCUCCAUGAUGUUAUCGCGGAGUUAUCUGGCAGAAAAACUCGAUCUCAGGAUGCGGCGUUGGCUUCUAAGGCUGCAGAUGGCACUAUUUGCUAACGCACUCAUGUUGAUAGGAUCUCUUCAUGUUUGGAGAAGCACAGUCACCACGUUCUCCAGGUCUUCAGCUGCCAGUUCCUUCUGUUUCAUGCCGUGGAAAAUAGCUGUGUUCAUGUUUCUAGCUUUGGCUCAUUCAAGCUUCUUUACGUUGCUAUUUCUUGUUGCGGAAGAGCCCUACUUCUUUUCUUUAGCUGCCUACACUUGCCUGGGGGCCUAUAUCAUUCUUAUCUUCUUCCUUUUCACUCUAGGCUCUGUAGAGCAGGCUUACAAGUUCUUGGCUGGGAGAGGCGCUAAGGCGGGCACUGUCAACAAGAACAGAACAGCGAUGAAACCAGUUUUGGCAGUCAUGCUGACUGUUGUGCUGACUGUUGUUGGGCUCUUAAAUGCUUCCCAGCCUCCUACUGUGAAUUCAGUGGAGGUUCCAGUUUACAAGCUGCCCUCAACAAUGAAUAAUCUGAAAGUGGUGUUGCUUUCAGAUAUCCAUCUGGGGCCUACAGUUGGGAAGACCAAGCUUGCCAUGAUUGUGAGAAUGGUUAAGGCUUUAAAACCAGAUAUCACUGUGAUUGUUGGGGACCUGACUGACUCUGAGGCAGCUAUCAUACGACCUGCUGUUGAGCCUCUUGGAGAACUUAACUCCCCUUUGGGGACUUACUUUGUCACAGGAAACCAUGAAUACUACACAUCAGAUGUUAGCAACUGGUUUGAGCUGUUAAAAUCGUUUAACAUUCAACCACUCCAUAAUGAGAAUGUGAAGAUUGUUUCACCGAAGAGCGCUGAUGACUGGUUCUGCCUGGCUGGCGUUGAUGAUAUUGAAGCAGAUGUAUUGCGCUACUCAGGACAUGGCAUGGAUUUAAAAAAAGCUCUCAGAGAUUGUAGCAGUGAGCAUGCAAUAGUGCUGUUAGCUCAUCAGCCAAUUGCUGCAAAGUGGGCCCUUCAGGAAAGACCAGACAUAAAUUUAAUUCUCUCUGGCCAUACUCACGGAGGACAGAUGUUCCCGCUAAAUGCUGGAGCUUAUUUUCUGAAUCCAUUCUUUGUUGGCUUGUACAAAGUUGGGCAGAACACCUUUGUCUAUGUCAGCCCAGGAACGAUGUACUUUGGAAUACCCAUGAGACUAGGCAGCAGAGCUGAAAUAACAGAGAUAAUUCUACAUUCUCCUUGA